AUGAGUCGCAUCACAGUUUUCUCCAAGUUUGAACAGCAGCAGCAGCAGGUCACCACUUCAACUUCACCCUCCCCCUCCACCUCCAUCACCACAACCCCCGCACUUCCCACCCCCAAAUUCCUCCUCCAAAUCCACGACCUCCGCCAUCCCUCCGUCACCAUCUUCCUCACCCUAAUCCCCAAUCUAGCCUCCACCCUCGAAACCGCAUUAACCACCAUCCUCCAAACCCUCUACACCUGCCCAUCCCCCCCAUCAUCCCCCUCCUUCCCAGAAUCCCCUCCAACCCCAAACACCCCCCCCACAACCCAAAUAUCAUUCACCCCAACCCUCCCCCCGACCCGCUCCAUCACCACCCACCUCCGCCCCAUCCCGGGCGUCGCCUACACCAAAGGCACAGACCUCGACCCGGACCACAAAGAGAUCCACCUCUCGCUCUCCUACAUCGCGACCUGCACCGAGCGAUCUAUUCCCUCCACCACACACGCCGAGAUCGUCGGGGUCCUCACCCACGAACUUGUCCACUGCUACCAGCACACGGCGCCCGACGAUGACGACACCACCCCUCACCCGCCCGGGGGCCUGAUCGAGGGGAUCGCCGACUUCGUGCGCCUCAAGGCCGGGUUGGCGCCGCCGCACUGGCAGCGGCCGCGGUCGGCGGCGGAGCGUCCCGAGAAGUGGGAUCAGGGGUAUCAGCAUACGGCGUAUUUCCUGGCCUGGUUGGAGGAUGUCCGCGUCGGGAGGGGGGCGGUGGGGUUGGUGAAUGAUCGGUUGUUGAAGGUUGGGUAUGUGGGUGAGGAUGACGACGGGGACGGAGAGGGGUUCUGGCGGGGGUUGUUUGGGGUCGGGGUUGAGGAGUUGUGGGAGGAGUAUGGUCGAUAUCUGGAUACCUCGGCGGAAGAAGAACGCUAGCUGGGAACUCGAGGGAAGGUGAGAUUAAUCUUGAGUAGAGCUGUGGGAUUACAUGUCGAGCUGGAUGGACAGGCACCUCCAUCUCCAUCCAUUUGAGUUUAAGAUAUUCUCGUCAGUUGAGGCACACAUUAUGAAAAAUAUAAAGACCGAAGAGUGAACAU